AUGGUCCGAGCCUACGUGGAUCGUUUUCGCGACCUCCGUGUACUUCAAUAUGUCCGUGAGAUGGACCGACGUGGACUCGUUGCCAAUUCCUUUCCGAUGAACAUAUUGGAACCGGGUAGGUUUUUGAGGAUUUCUGUGAAUUCUAAUUUUAGAUCUGCAGGUGUUGUAAACACACUCAAAGCUCUGCCGUCAACUUUGUACGCCGGAUUUGAUGCAACUUCGGACUCGUUGCACAUUGGAAACUUGUUGAUUAUUUCCAAUUUGAUUCGGUCGUCGUUAUUUGGCUGCCGGGCAAUUGCUUUGAUCGGCGGUUCAACGGCAUUGAUUGGGGAUCCGAGUGGAAAAAGUGAAGGUAAAGUGAUGAAAAAGCGAAAGAUUGAGUUUCAAAUGUAGAUAUUUAGUUGCAUUGCACUAUCCUUAUGCUCUCUAUUAGCCUCUAGCAGAUUUGUUUAGCUAUUUUCUAGGUUUUUAAAAUAAAUUUAUGUUCCACUUAUACCUAAUUUGUCAAUUUCAGAGAGAAACUUCCUCUCAUAUGAUGUAGUCCGAGAAAACGCGAAAAAUCUCGUAAAACAGCUUGCCGAGAUUGGCGAAAAUGCCAAAGACACAUAUGGAAGCAACGCUCAGCUUACAAUUCUCAAUAACAAUGAGUGGUUUGACAAUGUAAGAUCCUCUUUUAUUUUUUAUUUCAAUCUUUAGAUGUCUGCAAUUGAAUUCCUACGUCUUGGAAAGAGUUUUCGAGUGGGUGAUAUGAUGAGGAUGGGUCAUAUCAAACGUCGGAUGGAAGAAAGUGGCCUUUCUUAUACCGAGUUCUCUUAUCAAAUCCUACAGAGUUACGAUUGGCUAGUGUUGUCGAGGAAAUACGACUGUUUCUUUCAGGUAGGUUAUGUGAUAAUAUAUGGCUUCCGAAUUUUGAAUGCAACUUCGCUUUGGUAAAUUUGCAUCUAUUUCCCCAUUUUCAGUUAGGCGGAUCAGAUCAACUUGGUCAUCUGGAUGCCGGCGCUCAUUUCAUAAAGAAUGUAUUGGGUAAACAGGCCGCUGGAAUUUGCCUCCCUUUGUUGGUGGAUAAAAACAAUCAGAAGAUCGGGAAAUCCUCAACAGUCACUGGAGAUCCCGUUUGGCUUAGCUCCAUGAAGACCUCACCAUUCCAUCUUUACCAACACUUCUAUCAGCUGCAUGAUGAUAUUGCGGAACAGUACUUUAGAUUCUUCUCGUUACGACCAUUUGAUGAGGUCCAACAAGUAAUUUCACAUCAUAAUAGCAGUAAAUCCCAAAGGGUACUGCAAAAAGCAUUAGCGGAAGAAGUAGUUUUGCUUGUACAUGGAAUAGACGACCUCCAGAAGGCGAUUCAGUGCUCGAAAGUGGUGUAUGACGGUAAGAAUAGAGGAAUUUUGAGAAAAAUGGUAUCAGAAGUCAAGUAUAAUAUAUUUUUUAUCGAUUUUCGACUUGAAUUUAUUGAGAGUUGCUUUUCUAGGAUCUCUGAAGGAUUUUGAGGACCUGGACAACGAUACAAUUCUACAACUUUUCAAUUCCACGAAGAAAAUUUUGUCGAAACGAGAGGUCCGGACAGUCGGAGAACUGGCUCAAGCAACCCGCGAUAAAUCCCAGUACAACAUAAAUCUCAUCAAACAAGGCGCUUUCAAGCUGAAUGGGGUCAAAUUUGUGGACCCGGAGGAAAAGAUCGACGUCCCGAAAUUACUUUUGAAAAACCGGUACACCCUUGUGAAUUGGGGAAAGAGAAAUUACAUGGUCGUUGAUUGGAAAGAUUAG